ACUUCUUUAAAAAUAAAAAGUUUUUUUUUUUUAAGGUUUGAUCAUUUAGCUGAAUUAAUUCGUAGGAUAAUCGAUCACCGACCAGAAAAUGUAAUUGAUUUUUUUGAAGAAUUUAGUCGAAACAUUAGGGAACAAAAACUGCGUACUGUAAAAGAUAUUAUUGAAAGUGCUCACGGAAUUUCGAAAAGAUUUUUUUUGGCUGAAUGUAUGCUAAGUUCAUUAGAUGUAAGUUACAUGAAAUUUAAUUUUAAUCUUAAGAAUAAAAAGAAGGGUUGAUUUUAAAGCGGGAUCUGUUUCUCGAUCUACUGAGCCGUUUCAAUUUAAAUUAUAUCACAAAUUUGUUUGAAAUUCAGUGAAAGUACCCUACUUUAAUACUUUAUUCAAAAUGAAAUUUUAUUUUACAGAUGUUUAAAAAAUUUGAAAUUUCGAACGAAGAAGAGAAAGAAAAUAAAAUACUUUCAUCGUUAACUAAGAAAGAGAGUAUUUUGGAAGUUCCAAUAACUAUGAAAGAAAGCAUUUUGGAAGUUCAAUUACAUUGGUCAUUAUGUGGGAUCGGUUUGGGCUUAGAGAUAUCUUUUCAGUUAGUUUGUGCUAUGCAAAGGUUGCUCUUAAACUCCAAAAUUAAAAACAUUCGUUUUUGGGGCAUGAUUUUUGGAUUACAUAAAUCUUACUAUAUUGUUGAGUGUGAUUUGUUGCAGUCAGAAAUUUUACUACGCCAAAGUGUAAUGCUCGCGAACUUAGACAAUCAGCGUAAUGAAUUCAUUAGACAUGAAAUUAUAGAAAAGAAGUUUUUAGGUGAUAUUAAUUUACUGAACUCACUUGUACCUGGACAAAAUUUUGAAACUAUUUAUAGAGAAAAAAUAUUAAAAAGUUGGAAAGAAAUAUCAAUAAAAAAAUGUUCACCGUUGCCAAAAUCAGAUAUAAAAAAAAAUGUGGAUGUCUCACCGGAAUUAAUAGGUCAAGGGUUGAAUGAAAAAACUUACUUUGUUGUAAAUAAUUUAACUGAUGAUUGGGUAGAGUUGCCAAUAGUUACCCCAAAGCAACUUACUGCUUCAAGAAAAAUAACAAAAUUUUUUACUGGAAAUUUAGGUGAAAAAAUAUAUUCAUAUCCAAAAUUUCCAGGAGUGGAAAAGCAUUAUUUGCGAUCAAUUAUUGCAAGAAUUACUGCUUCAACGUAUAUUGCUCCUAGAGGCUAUUAUCAACUUCAAACGAAAAAGUUUCCUGUAGAACCGGAAAGUGAAGAUGAAGAAGGAAAAGGAGAAGAAUACAAAGAAAAAAAUUGUCGAAAAUCAGUUUUAGUAAAAAAUGAGAAAUAUAUUUCGCCACGAAUAACGGAACUUCUAGCAAUAUGUUUUUGGGAGCACAUUAGACCAUCAAUUUUGGAACAUGGAAGAGUUGAUUGCAUAAAUGCAGAACAAUAUUUUAGAAAAACUAUCAAUUUUGUGAAAAAUGAAGAGGAAGCUAAGGAAAACUUAGAAGGAGACCCACCGCCUAUAUUUUUCAAAUGUGAAAAUGACACCAUAGUAGAACUAGCUUCACCAUGGACGAUCCGUUUAUCUUCGGUUCACAAUCGUAUUAAUCAACUGGCAAUAGCAAAGUCAAAUAUUUGGCCUGGUGCCUUUAAUUAUUUCUCGGGAAAUGUUUGUGAAUCAAUAUAUUUUGGAUGGGGUCAGAAAUACAUUUCGCGGAACUUCUCCCCUGAACAUGUCCCCCAAAUGCAAUAUGAAUGCACUUUUAACAUUCUUGAAGAAUCCGACCCUACACCAAUGAAAGAGGAAGACUGGGACUUGUCUCAUUUAUCGCUUACGGGUACUACCUGGCCUCUAAAAGAGAGUAAAUCAAAGAGUAAAGAGAGUAAAAGCUCUAAAAGAGAGUAAAUCAAUUUCUUAUAAAUAAAUUGAAUUUAAAUUUUUAUUGUGUAAGCUUUAUUAAAAUUAUAA